AUGGUCAAUACACAUUUUCAGCUUCCAUAUUUAAAUACUGAUCAGUGUAUGUUGCGCCAAGGACAGAAAAAACUUGGUUCUUAUGGUUUAAUCUUCGAAAGACCAUUCUUCUAUCUUUGUGACGAAUUAUUAAUUUGUUACCCGAGCCAGCUGAUCGGUAAUAAUAGACGAAAUGGAAUUGUUACAACAGUUCCAUAUCGCCUUCGUGAAGCAAAAAAGAACAAUGUCACCCUACAAUGCGAACAACGACGCAAAGAAUUUUGUAAUGAAGAGAAAAAUAAAAAUUUGUGUAAGAUUGGACAGCCUGGAUCGACUAUUUGGCAUGGAAUUUUGAUUAAGACUGAAAACAAGAAUCAAACCCUAAGUAAUUCCCCUAUUUUUGUAACAACAAUAUUAUUGUCUAUUACAAAACAAAAAUAUGAAAUAAAGGACACAUUGAAAUUCUAUAUGAAAUUUGGCCGUAUGGAAGAUAUAUUCACACGUGUCAUUUUGAACAACGACACUCUUAAAUCAAAACAAGUGUUUCUUGGAAGCGACAAGAAUCUUCUCAAAGAAUACCUUUCCAAAGUUGAUAAGGGGGCAUCUCUUCACAAAUAUGUUGGCCUAUGGGCUCUCGGAUUGGAUUUGUUACCAACAUUGGAAGAACAACAUUUACAUUUAUUUGUUUAUAGAGGAUGUGCUUGCUCAAUUAAUGUUUGGGUAAAAUUUUUGAUUAGAAAUAUCAAGAGGCAGAGCCGAAGGACCUAUUCGAAUAAUUUUUUGAUUGACACGGCUGGCACUUUUGUGGAAAAUAACUAUUGA